AUGGUUGCGUCCCUUUUCACUGCGGCCGUCUCGGCCCUGGCCCUCGCCGCCGGCGUCAACGCCCACGGCCACGUCGCCACGGUCGUCGCAGAUGGCGUGACUUAUACGGGGGGUCUGCCCCACGGCGCUCCUGCCAACGCUGUCGGCUGGCUGGCCGGUAACCAGGACAACGGCUUCGUCGAGCCCAACCGCUUCAGCAGCGCCGAUAUCAUCUGCCACAAGAACGCCCGCCCGGCCAGCAACUCGGUCCGGGUGCGCGCCGGCAGCACCAUCACGCUGCGGUGGAACACGUGGCCCGAGUCCCACAAGGGCCCCGUCAUCGACUACCUGGCCCCGUGCAACGGCAACUGCGCCAACGUCAGCCCGUCGUCACUCCAGUUCGCCAAGAUCGCCCAGCGCGGCCUCAACUCGGGCAGCAACCCGGGCAACUGGGCCUCGGACGACCUGAUCCGCAACGGCAACUCGUGGACCGUCACCAUCCCGAGCAACCUCGCCCCCGGCGGCUACGUCCUCCGCCACGAGAUUAUCGCCCUGCACUCGGCCGGCCAGCCCAACGGCGCCCAGGCCUACCCCCAGUGCAUCAACAUCGAGGUCACCGGCGGCGGCUCCGCCCGCCCCAGCGGCACCGCCGGCACCUCCCUCUACCGCGCCAACGACCCCGGCAUCCUCUUCAACCUCUACACCAACUUCAAUAGCUACCCCAUCCCCGGCCCCGGCCUGUGGCGCGCCUAG